CGAGCUUUCGAAUAGAAUAGUAAGUUAUCAUCAGCCUGAUCAGACCUCGGUAGUAGCAAGGGAAAUAUCGUCUGUGGGGUUGGAUGUCCAGUGGGAAUAUUUUGGCCACUUGUUCGAUUGGCGGGUAGCGUAUCGUGUUUACGAAUCGGGUCGCGUUGGUGACAGUGAUCGAGGAAUUUCCCGUGUUAUUACUGUUUAUCAUCCCGUGAGUUUCGAACCCGAUUUUUAAACCCGCAAGUGAUUCGCACCUAAUCUCUGCUUGGGGCAGAGAGGAGAGAAAACCCAAAGAACGACCAAAGUGAAACACAUCAACAUUCAACUGUCGUUUGUUAACGACUUUCCGAUCCUGUCAGUGACGAGAAAAUCCCGCGGACAUGACGUUGAAAGACGAGAUCGUCACCGCGGAGGUGAAACCCGAUUUUGACGAAUCGUACUCCACCAAAGACGAGAUCCUUCAGCUAUCAUCGACCAUCAGCCGAAAGUUAUCGACGACACAGUCCUCGUCUUCGCCGCCGCUUUAUCGUCCCGUGGAGUCGUCGUCGUCCGAAUGUGUUGCUCCGGUGAAGAUUCACCGCCAGCACUAUCACCCGAAGCGUCAUCCAUGUGAAUCGACCUACCAAACAUACGAAGAGUACAGAAACGAUUUCCACCAGCAACUAGGCGAGGGUGACGAAGUGAAUGGUUCCAAGAUGUACGAUAUUUUGGUUGUGAACAAGAACUACGAUGCGGAAGGGCCCGACUCAAUCUCGGUGCGGGUGGGGGAUCUGGUUGAGGUCCUAGAGAUGGGCGAGUCCGCCAAAAAGAGCGCAGCAAAAAAACCAAAGUUAGAUCCCCAGCUGAACGUUGGCAAGACCGAAAGUCUGUUGGACAGCUCCAUCUCGAAGCACAAGCUGGCUAUCAAACCAAAAAAGAACCACCAGAGUAUGAGUAUGAGAAGGAGCGUUAGUCCACAGCCGGCGCAAUAUCAACCAAAGCCAAACGAAAAAUGGAAAGUGCGAAUCUUCGAUGGGGAUGACAGUGCCAAAGCGGGCUGGGUGCCGGUCUCCGUAUUGGACAUCAUGCACACCGACCAGGCCGUGUUCGGCGAGAAAUCCAACGAUGCCGCCUACCGUCGAGAAGCCGUCGUUCGAGAGCUGAUUGAAACUGAAGAGGAAUUCGGCAAGGACUUGCAGCAGGUCGUCGAAAAUUACAUCAAAUAUAUCGACAAUCCGGACAACAAAAUUCCUCGCAUGAUCCGCGACCACAAGGAUGAUAUAUUCAACAACUUCAAGCAGAUCGCGGACUUCCACAAUACCGUACUCAUCGAGGGCGUCAAAUACAACGCCAACAACCCGAAAAUGAUCGGUAAAACGUUCCUGCGACUGGAGCGUGACUUUGACAAACACGUCCGGUACUGUCGCGAUGCGGCGGCCGUCCAGGAGUUCCUCGCCGGCAACGACAACGUGCGGGACUUUUUUAUGGAGCACUCUUUAAACCUUAACGACGACAAGAGUUUAUCAGAGCACCUCAAGCUUCCGAUCCAGCGCAUUAACGAUUACAAAUUACUGUUCAAGGAACUCCUAAAGUAUUCCACCGCUCUCGGCGAAAAUGUCACCGACCUCCAGAAAGCCCUAGAGUUGAUGCUCUCGGUGCCCAGUCGAGCAGCAAACAACAAAUACCUAGAGAGUAUCGAAGGUUUCCGUGGGAAUCUUCAGAAGCUAGGCCGCGUACUCGCCCACGAGUACUUCGGAGUGAAGGACAUCGACAACCGAAUCAAGGAGCGCUAUCUCUUCCUGUUCAAAUCCCGCAUCCUCAUCACCAAGGCGAAACGUCUCUCGGAGGAGAAAUCGAUCUUUAUUGUUAAGGAUAUUGUUAAGCUACCCGAUACACACGUGAAAGAAAUCGACGCCCGCGCCUUCGAGCUCCAACCGAAGGCAGGCAGAAAGGGAUUCACUGUUCAUCUGAUCGCAUACUCCGAAGAAGCGAAGCAACGCUGGAUCUACGAGAUCGAAGAGUACGCCAACAACGCGGUUGCACUACAAGAGCACGCUAACGACGACUUGCGUAUUGAUCCGACCCAAACCAACAUCGACGAAAGCAUCAUCAAGCUUCCGCAACGUGUAGAAGCCCACAAAAGUGACGAGAACAUAAAGCCCUCGGAUAUUGCCGACAACUACGUGGUGUACAAGCACAAGGCACACAAAGAAGAAGCCCAGUUGGUGCAAAAAACUGUACAUCAGGAAGUGACUACAACUGAAGAAGAAGACGAAGAGCAAGAGAAGUCUGCCAGCGUCCAGGAGCGUCUAGCAGCGUUCGAGGUGAAAAAAUCGAGCCGUAAGGUUGAUUUGAACGCAAGUAAGCAGGAGCUCGCUCAAUUGCAACAAGCUCAGCAGAUUGCACAGAGCAAAGUUUCUAGUGUUCAAGUACAAGAAAGCAAGACAUCGUCCAUCCAGGUAGAACAACGUUCUUCGUUCAAACAAAAAACCCAAGUUACAACCCAAUCCGAAACUCAAACUCAGGAGCAGAAGACCGUAAGUCAAUCGAAAACUCAGACCCACGAAUCGAAAUCGUCGGCGGUAAAACGGCAACAAGAAACCCAGCUAGAAGCGCAAGCUAAGGUUCAAGUUCAGGAAGCAAAGGUAUCCAAAGUAUCCGAAUCGAAAUCUACUGCCGUCAAACGGCAGCAAGAGCAACAGCAAGAAACUCAAUCCAAGAUCCAAGUGGUUGCCUCGAAACAAUCCAAGACAUCUUCGUCGGUACAGCAGCAAUCCACUUCCAAAUUUGAGCAACAGACGACUGUUGAUACUCAAUCGACGGCCACCGCACAAAAGCAGGAGUCAGUCUCGAAGGUCGCUCAAAUUGAAGCUAAGUACGCUGCAUCCAAGCAGACACAGCAACAACAACAGCAGCAACAGGUAUCGAUCGCUGAAGCGAAAACAGAAUCGGCGAGUAACAGUGUGAAACCGGAGCCCGCACCGAACUCACCCGUCGACGCUGAUUCUAAGAUCAAACAGAUCGAGUCGAAGUACGCAGCACUCAAACAAAAGCAGCUCGGACAAAAAUCGGACGAACUAGACGCUAAAUUCCAAAUUGUAGAAUCCAAGUUCGCUGCGCUUAAGCAAAAACAACUGCAACAACAGCAGCAGCAACAGCAACAACAACUUCAACAGCAAGAAGUUAAACCAGCUGAACCGUUGUCCAAGAUUCAACAGAUUGAGUCGAAGUAUAAGCGACGAGAACAAAUACAGCAGGAGCAAGUGGUUGAGGACCACACUAAAGAAGUAGUCGAAACAGUUGUUGAAGAGAAAAAAACCGAGUCGAAAUUCGCUGCCCUUAAGCAGAAGCAACUUCUGCAGGAAACCAAGACAGCUGAAUCAUCGUUUAAGGUAGAGAGCACUACUCAGGUUACAGAAACUUCAGAAGUACAGAAGCAGGAAGCUCCGAAGCCGCUAUCUAAGCUCGAGCAGCUUGAGUCGAAGUACAGCAAGAACAAACAAUCGCAAAUAAAGACCACUGAGGUAGUCUCUGAACUAAAAGCACCAGUUGUUGAGGCCGAGCCCAAGACUCCUGAGUCACCUUCUAAAUUACAACAAAUCGAAUCCAAGUACGCAGCAUUCAAGCAGAAACAGCAGCAACAGCAACAGCAACAGCAACAACAACAACAACAACACCAACAAGAACAACAAGUUCAAGACGUUCAAGUAGCUGAGGUUAAAUCAACCAGUGAUCAGCCACAGGAAUCUAAACUAGCCCAAAUCGAGGCAAGACACGCUGCUCGGAGACAAUCUCUACAAAAAGAGCAAGAAGCCGCAACAGAAGCUACUAAAAAGCAAGAGACCGCUAAACCGGUAAAUGUUUCAGUAAAGCCCGACGAAAAGAAAUCCGAACAACCCACAGCAAAAGUUGAUAAGAAAGAUCGACCAAAACUUCAAAUUCCUAUUCCCGCGAAACCAGUGGAGUCUACCAAAGCAGCUGAAAAGAAGCCACCGGAAUCUCCGGAGACACCAGCAAAAACACCGGAAAGCGCAAAACUUGAUAAAAAGGUUGAACCUCUUAAGACAUCCAAGGCUUCCGAAAGUCCUAAGCCCAUCGAAGCGAAGACUUCCGAGAGUCCAAAACCCAUAAGUAAAGGCCUUGAUUCUCCGAAGACGCCGUCAAGGAUCCCAGAAUCGCCUAAAUUGGUCGACAAGAAAGUAUCGGAAGAGUCGAAAGCCCCAGAAUCACCAAAGACACCGUCGAAGGCUCCAGAAAGCCCGAAAUCGUUUGAACCCGCGAAAACAGCUACUUCGAAACCAAUCGAAAAAAAACCUGCCGCUCCCAAGGUUGCCGAGCCUAUCAAGGCCCCGAUCAAAGUUUCAGAAGAACCUAAGACUCCCGAGAGUUCAACACUAAUAGGUAAAAGCGUAGAUUCUUCGAAAGCAGGAGCAAAGGUUGAACCCAUCAAGGUACCCAAUACCCCGGAAAGAGCUAAGCCCAUUGAACCAAAAGCACCCGAACCCCCGAAGACACCAACAAAAACAGCGGAAAGCCCAAAACUUGAGAAAAAGGUCGAAUCACCUAAGGUUCCCGCAAGUUCUAAACCCAUUGAGCCAAAAACUCCCGCACCUCCAAAAACACUUGAGAAAAAGGGUGAACCCCUCAAGAUAUCUAAGGCUCCCGAAAGUCCUAAGCCCAUUGAGAUAAAAGCUCCCGACAGUCCAAAACCUAUAAGUAAAAGCGUUGAUUCUCCGAAGACAUCGUCCCCAAAAUCGAUAGACAAGAAGGUACCAGAAGAGCCGAAACCCCCUGAAUCUCCAAAGACACCGUCGAAGGUUCCUCUAAGUCUAAAAUCUGUAGAACCAAAGGUUGAGAAGAAACCUCAGGAGAAGAAGAUCGAGCCACAGAACACUCCGUCGAAACCAGCGGAAAGUCCUAAAUCAGUGGAAAAGACAGCUGAUCCGAUUAAGUCUCCAGAGCCGCCAAAGACACCCACAACCAAGGUUCCGGAACUCUCUAAACUAGCCGGAAAGAAAACGGUGAUCGAAGAAGCACUAAAACCAGUGGAAGUCAAAGCUUCACAAGUCCAAAAACCAUUGAAGAAAAAGGCUGAGAAACCAGAACCGGUUGUUAGGAAGGCUGCAGAGCCUCCGAAGCCGCAGGUCAUCGAGAAGAAGCCCGACUCGCCGAAAACUAAGGAACCCGAGAGGAAACCAGAGGAAGCAAAGAAGGUUGAAACGGUGAAAAAGAGCGAAGCAAGCAAAAACAAAGCAGAUACCGCUACUGUAGAAGGUUACGAUAUCCCUGCAGCGGUCACCGAACAUGAAGCUUCUCUAGAGAUUCUAGUAGAGCAGAAAUCUAGAGAGGAAGCGAUUAAACUUAAGCUUGAAGAAAUCUACGCCAAGGAACGAAAGGCACUAGCUAAGGCUAAGCGCAACCAGCAGGCGGAAGAGGAGAAUAUCAGACGAAAAUUCGAGCAGAGAAGCAGAAGAGAAAUCGAGCAGACAAAGGAAACCGCGUCGGAACUUCUUCAACAGAUUCAGGCCACUAGAGAGUCGGUUAAAUCUGUAUUAGGAGCAACAGAGGAUAAACCGAAGAACUCCAAACUACCGACCAUUACCCAGGCGGCAGACAAUAAUUCCGAAUCGCAGCAGCAGAGACUACCUGCAGAUAGUGAAGGACAAAGAGAUUCGAAUCAACAAGGAGAAGAGGAAGGAUCGGCUGGUGAUCGAGGCGACCAAGGCGAAGGUCACGGAGACCGUGGUUCAGACGAAGAGAACGGAGAUAACCAAACACCACCACCGCUACAGCUGCCAACGUUCUUCGAUCCACCUCCACCGCCAGUAUAUCAGGCUACCAUUGAAGUCUUCAUCAAGAAGGAACGUCCUCCUCCACCACCUCCACCAAAAAUCACCAGAAAGUUGGUGGUGAACACAGACGAACUCGAACGAAAAACCCAACUAUUCUUCGAGGGUCAUCUGGAGUAUCCCGAUCCUGAUUUCUCCACUGCUGCAGCCCAUCGAAAGGUGAAAGGCAUCAAGCACGUAUUCGGAAAGACUGGGGAGACCGUUAGGUACGCCGAAGACACAGUUCAGAAGGCAGAACAGGGUGAAUUCGAUAGUAUCCUAAUCCCGGAGGAGGAAGAGCGUAAACCCAGGGAACCAAUAUACGAAUACCAGUACACCGUUGAAGAUCCGGCAACUGGCGAGAAAAUUUGUACUGCCGACCCUGACGUUGAAUCGAUUGACAGGACAUACAGGAUGGAUGAACAAUACUCUUCUAGGUACACCAGCUCUAGGCAAUCUUCGCGAAAGAGUCGCACCUUAGAAGCACAACUCGAGGAGCUAGCAGAUUUCGAGUACAAACACGAAGAGAAGAUGUCGGCUACACGCACCCAGAAACUUCGGGUGCCAACCAAUGUGAGGCCCCACUUUAAGAAGGCGAUCAAAGGCCUGAGCGUCGAGCCCGGCGAGAAUGCCAAGUUCGUGUGCCAACUGGAGGAACAUGUCGAUCUUCAGUGGCUCAAGAACAACAAGCCACUCGAUGACAAAUUCGCUGAUCGUGUGAUCAUGACCGAAGGCAACGAUUCGUUGUACACGCUAGAAAUCCAACACUGUCGUGAGUCGGACAGCGGUUCGUACACGGCCCGGGCUAUCAACGGUACGGAGAAUGCCGCCUGUACGGCACAGUUGAUCGUGGAGAAACUGACUCCGGAACAACGGAAAGCCAUGUCCGAAUCUAACGCACCGGUGUUCAGCGUACAGCUAAAGGAUACCGAGGUUGUCGAGAAGACCUAUUUGACCUUCAUGGUCAAGGCGAGAGGUGAUCCCACCCCGAAGAUUCGAUUCUGCAAAAACGAUCGAGAAAUUACGGACACUGACAAGCGUAUGAAGGUCGUUCGCGAGCGUGAGGACAGCGGGUACUACGAGUUGGUUAUCCCGGAGGUACACAAAGGCGACUGUGGUGUUUACUCGUGCACGGCCUACAAUAAGUUCGGUAGUACCAAAACCGAAGCCCAGUUGCUAGUGACAGACCAGCGCGAGCUAUUCAAUGAGCUGGACACACUCGAGGACAAUACGAAAUUCGUCUGGAAAAAGAACGGUGUACCCUUCGAUCCCGAGGAGCGCUUCAAGGUGCUAAUGGCGGAUGACUCUGACUCGUUGGCGCUUGUCUUCCAGCACGUGAAACCAGAGGAUGCUGGACUCUACACUUGUGUUGCCGCCACCGCUUCCGGCAAUAUCCAGUGUAGCGCUGAACUCACGGUUCAGGGACAGGUCAACCAACUAAAACAAGAGCCAUCCAAGCCGCACCUGAUCAUUGAAUCGAAAGAUGCACUGGCUCGAAUUGGCGGCAAAGCUUUGCUCGAGAUGAAAGUCCGCGGCUAUCCCAAGCCGGAGCUGGUCUGGCGGCACGAGGGCACCAUUAUCGAACCGGGUGGUCGCUUCAAGUUUCUCUAUGAGGACGCAGAGUCCGUAUCGCUGGUCAUCAUGGAUGUACAACCUUCGGACGCGGGUGCCUACUCGAUCGUUGCGCAGAACGAACUCGGUGAAGAUUCCUCCUUCAUAAACCUGAUCGUCAAGUGUCCACCGAAAAUUGUCAAACCACACGAUACCUCCGCCAUGGUUGGUGAGAACUUCAAGAUGUCGAUCGAGGUCAACGCCGUACCGGAAGCUACCGUUCGCUUCUUCAAGAACGGCAAGGAAAUCAAGGAAGACGACCGCAUCAAAUUCCUCACAGCGGAGAAUUACCACAUUAUCAAGUACAGUCCUACCAAGAUGGAUGAUGCCGGCAAUUACUCGAUCAUCGCUACCAACGAAAUUAGCCAGGCUACCGAGUUCUGGGAGUUCAGCAUCUUCUCACCACCCCGUGCAACCCAUAAACUCGCAGCGGAGACUAUCGUCAACGAGAAGGAAGACAUCGAACUGUUCGUUAAAGCCGACAGUAAUCCACCACCGAUUGUUCGCUGGUACAAGGAUGGCAAAGAGAUUAUCCCCGAUGGCAAACGCGUCAUCAUUUCCGAGGAGGAUGGUCGCUUCACGCUGAAGAUUCACGCGGCGAACCGUGACGAUACGGCCUUGUACACCGCUGACAUCAUCAAUGAUUAUGGCACGGUUACGGAGCGUUCCCAAGUCAAUGUGAAGACCAAAUCUAAAGUUCGCGAGCAGUUGAACGGCGUUACCUGCAAGGAAGGGGACACCAAUGUCACGCUGAGCGUGAAAGCCGAUGGUUAUCCACGGCCGAAGGUUCAGUGGUAUAUUGGGGAUGUUGAGAUUACCGAAUCGCGGAACGAGUUCAAGAUGGUGGAGGAAGGUCUGUACUACAAAUUGAUCAUCAAAGAGGCCCAAGCCGAACUCCAGGGCAUGUACAAGGCUAAGUUCACCAACGAGUUUGGCUCGGAUGAAUGCAGUGCCAAGACCACGAUCCAAUGCACACCCAAGGUUCGCAAAGCGCUGGCCGAUACCGAUGUUGACGAAAAUACCACACUGACGCUCGAGGUACAAAUCUACGCCGAACCCGAGCCUGAGAUUACCUGGUACAAGAACGGCCAACCGGUGCAGACCGAUGCCCGUUUGACCAUCAAGAGGGACUCGCAACGCGUGGAGAACUACACCCUGUCGCUGACGAUGGUUCGGGGUGCCGAUUCGGGAGACUACGAAGUACGUGCAGUUAACUCGAUGGGAACGGCAACCAGCAAAUCAAGAGUCAUCGUGCAAAAGGCCCUUGUAGCGAGCCCCGGUGAGAAUGCCGAAGCCCAUCGCAUGAUAACCGAGUGCACCAAGAUUGGCCAGAACGGAGAAACCAUUAUGAUCUCGGUGCAUACCGAGGAGAGCCAUGCCGCCUUCGUAUCAGGCCCCGAUGAGUCCCAUUCGGUUCACCAGAUGCGCGCAACCACCGUCAUCUUCGAGGAGGACAGCGGCUCGCCUCUGGAGGAUGUUCCCCAGCGCAUCAUCUUCCCCAACAGACCUCACGCCUCCGCACUACAUGUGGAGGAAAUCGACAGCUAUACCUUCGCAUCCCCCGAAGAUACCGCCCGGUACCACUUGCUAACCACCACCAACAAUGAUUCUUCCGGCACGAAGCUGAUAAUCGAGGAGCUAGAAUCGGAUAACGAAGCCACUUUCACCGGGAAGAUCUCCCGCGGGGUUUCGAUCACUUCCGCUUCCGAUGAUGAACUACAUCUUUCACGGCAAUCCAGCCGGCUUGCGGCCGAAGAGGCCGAAGCCCAAUUAGCCGGAAUAAUGAGAGGACUGGCGAAGGAGGAAGCGGAACAACGUGAUGCGGAAAAAGCAAGGAAGGUUCGAUUUGAAGAAGAUAUCGAGGAGGAAAAACGAAAAGGUGUGCUGCUGGAGCAGAAUAACGUCGAAGAGGGAGACGUAGAAAUCGAGGAACGAUGUUUGAAAAUAAACAAGAUCUCGGCAAUGAAACAGAAGGGUAAACUUAUGGAAAAAUCCUCCGUUGACGAACAUGAGACAGACAAACCAUCAGUUCCAACAUUGAAUGAGGCAGAACAUGCUCCCGAGAAGGGUAAACUUCUAGUGAAACAAUCCGUUUCGAAUGAAUCGGUUGAUGGUGCAAGCCAAUUCGAUUCGGAACAAGUUAAGAUCCCGGAAUUGGUGAGGGUAAAACAAAUGUCACAGGGAUCUCUUGAAGAGAGCUCCCUAGAGGAGCCGACGAAGCAAAAAGAAGCCUCGGUUGAUGGUAAAACUAAGAGAGCACUGUUGGAAGGUGAAUCAAUCGACAGUGAAUUUGGAACUGCGAAGAAGCAGAGUGAGUCAGAAACAGAAAAAAGCCGAAAAGCACUGUUGAAAGAGUCUGCAUCGAUCGGCGAAUCCAACGAUGAAGCGCAGCAGAUGGAUAUGAAGGAUGUUGACAGCUCAGACGCGCUGAAAGCAAAACAACUUCAGAAAGAAUCUAUAGAUGAAUUUUCUGCUGAGCUCAACCGUAAUGACAGGAGUAUGCUAGACGGCUCUGAACCCUCAAAGGCAGCUCUGCUCCGGAAAGAAUUCGCCGAAGAAGGAACUCAAGAAAAGUCGAGCUCUCAUGAAAUCAAAACACUUGACAACGAGGCCAGUAGAGCACUGCUAAAAGGGGAUAUAUCUGAAGAACACGUUGAACAGUCGAAGAAGCAAGUGGAGUCUGAUGUUGAAAUACCAAGUCGUUCCGAAGCCUCGCCGGAGGUUCUGAAGACCGACAUCGCCGAUGUCACAACGUUCGACUCGCUACCACUGGUUUGGACCGUGGAAGCCGAUGGUAUUCCUCGUCCGACCGUCAGCUGGUAUCUCAAUGGACAGGAAGUCAAGGCCAGCGACCGUAUUCGCAUCACAGACUCUGGUACCACCUACAAGAUCGAGAACCGCGACGUGAAGGAAGCUGAUGACGGCGAAUGGAAGGCAGUUGUUAAGAACCGCAUCGGAGAGAAGACGUUGCCCUGCAAGCUCACUGUUAUUCCUUGCAAAGAAUACCGUCGUCCUAAGUUUAGCAAAGGUUUGGAGAACAUCAGCGUCCACAAAGGCGAACCGGUUACGUUGAGCGUAACGCUCACCGCCGAUCCGGAGCCCGAGAUCAGUUGGAUCCAGAACGGCUCCGUCGUACAGGCAGACAACUUCAUCCAGAUGAAGAUCGAGAUCAAAGAGCUGGAGUACAAUCUCAAGGAAAUCACCUACACGCUACACAUCGCGGAAGCUCGUCACUACGACACCGGGGAUUACACCUUCCGGGCGAAGAACAAAUACGACAUCAACGAGUCGAACGGUCGGUUGGAUGUGUUGCUGAAGCCUGAAUUUGAACACUUCAGUGAUAUCACCGUGAUGCCGUUCACUCAGGGUGUCUUCCAGGUCCUGGUGAAGGCGAACCCCAAGCCCAAGGUUACCUGGACUAAGGAUGGUAUCAACCUGUGCAACGUCGACAACUGUGACGUGAUUGCGGAUGUCGAAAAGGAGAUCUACACCCUGCUGGUCGAGUCGUGCGCUCUUGCCGAGCACGGAACUUACACGCUCUCCGCGUCGAAUACCUUCGGUGAAACGGUCGCUACCGCUAAGCUGAACGUUCACACCGAGAAGCCAACUUUCACCAAGGAACCGGACAGCAUGAACGUUCACGAUUGGGCCGAUGUGUACAACAAGGUGCAGGUCGUUGGCGUUCCACGUCCAGCCAUCCAAUGGUUGCACAAUGGAACUCCUCUCAAUUUGGACGAAAUUGAUGAGGAAACGAAAGAGCCAAAGGUUAAGAUAGUUACAUCGGGCGAUACUGAAGUCACGAGCGAACUGUUCAUUACCCACUUCGGUCCGGAAUUGCAAGGAGACUAUUCCUGUAUGGCUUCGAGCAUCGGUGGCGAAACGGAGGCCAAAUUUAUGAUUCUGAUCAAGAACGAACAACCGGUGUUCGGAAAGGGACUCGAACGAACCCUGGACAUUGAGGAGGACGAUCAUCUGGAGUUGGCCUGUAUCGUGGAUGGCAGUCCGCUGCCUAAGAUGACAUGGUACAAGGACGGUAUGGAAAUCGUCGCUGAUGAUCACGUUAAAAUCACCUAUGGACACGACGGACGCUGCCGUCUGGUGGUGGAGAAAGUCGAUCCUGGUGACAGUGGUUGCUACAAAUUGGUCCUGUCGAACAAGAGCGGUGACGUUUCAACUCAGUGUUCCGUCGCGAUUACACCAAAACAACGCUACCCGGUGUUCAUCCGUCCGUUGAAGGACCACAAGGUGGUCAUUGGUGAAACGCUCCACAUGGAGGCCGAAAUAGCCGGUUUCCCAAUGCCUGAGGUGCGCUGGUUCAAGGACGGUUUACCGGUGCAUCAAACACGGGCCAUCAACUUCAUCAACGAGCCGAACGGAAUUGUUGGAUUCAUAAUCGAUCGCGUCACACCGGAAGACGCCGGAAUCUACACUUGUGAGGUGAAGAAUACGGUUGGACAAGCGACGUCCGCCUCCAUUACCGAGGUCAUUCCGAAAGCCAAGAAACCUCAGUUCGUUAAUGAGCUGCAGAACGUUAGCAUCGUGGAGGGAUACCCGAUCAAGAUGAACGUUAAAGUCGUUGGAUUCCCAGCCCCAUCUAUUCAGUGGCAACACAAUGGCAGCCAGAUCAGUGACGAUCGCUGCAAAAUCACCGAAGAUAGUGAAGGUAGCUCUACGUUGACCAUCGAGAAAUCAGUCGGAUCGGACGGCGGAGAGUACAAGGUGAUCACGUCCAAUGAGAAUGGGGACACAUCUUGUGCUGCCACUGUCAGCGUUUUGCCAGUGAGUGACCCAUCGGUAGGCGAGGAACCGCCAAGCUUUUUGGGAGGUCUGCGCGACAUCACUGCCGACGAGGGCAAAGAACUCACGUUCAGUGCACGCUUUGUUGGCAACCCGGCACCGGAAGUCAUCUGGACCAAGGGUGGUGAGCCACUGCAGCCUACCGGACGCGUCACGGUGACAUGUGAUGGCAAGAGCGUCGGAUUGACUAUCUGUCCGGCCGAAAUGAACGAUUCCGGUGAAUAUGCUUGCCUGAUGGCAAAUCCACUGGGAGAAACCGAAACCAAGGCUUCGGCAAUCGUCCGCAAGGUGUUCCAGAAACCGAACUUUGUCUAUCGCUUCCCAGAUGUCCAGCAACUGCCCGGACUUGAAGCGAAGUUCCCUGCUAAGCUGGUUGGUAUUCCCCGUCCAACUAUUCAGUGGUACAAGAAUGAGACGCCAAUCUAUCCAAACGACCGCUAUAAGAUGAAAUAUGAGGGCGAACACUGCUGUUUGUAUAUCAAGGAGUGCGCAGAAUCAGACACCGGUCUGUACUCAUGUGUGGCCACAAAUCGCGAAGGUACUGGUACUGUGGAGGCCAAGCUGGAUGUUGUUUCGCAGCUGACGAAGGGCGACGAGCCAACUCCGGCGUACUUCAUGAAGAAGCCAGUUGAUAUGACCGUGCUCGAGGGAAUGAAGGCUAAAUUCACAGCCUGCGUCGAUGGAUUCCCGCUACCCACGGUUGAAUGGAUCCGCGACGGCCAUCGCUUGGUACCGAGCGAAAAGUAUCGAAUUGAAUCCGAUAUCAACGGCAUAGCCCGUUUGAUAAUUGAUGACGUUCAAGAGGAAGAUCUUGGUCGCUAUACUUGUAAGAUAAGCAACAAUCUUGCGGAAGUGUUGGCACACGCGAAUCUUCUGUUCGAACCACUCGAUGCCCAUCCACGACGCCGUUAUGGACAGACCAAAGACAAAAGCUAUUUGCACACCGCUCCCUAUCCACUUAUGGAGAAACCCAUCAUCUCCAAACUUACCGAUCGUCGGUUGACUCUCUCAUGGAAACCAUCGAUGACCACCGUUCCGCGAUAUCCACUCACGUACCAGAUGGAAAUGAUGGAGCUUCCCGAUGGCGACUGGUACAUCGCUCGCUCCGGAAUCCGUAGCUGUUCGUGUGAGGUGCGCAACUUGGAGCCAUUCCGUGACUACAAGUUCCGUAUCCGCGUCGAGAACAAGUACGGAGUCAGUGAACCGAGUCCCUACGUCCAAACCUAUAGACAGAGACUGGAGCCAGAGGCCCCAGUGUUCUAUCCAUAUCUUGGACCAGGACGCGACUACCGUCCGGAUGUAUCCCCUCUGUAUCCACGUAAUUUCGACGUAGAGCGUCCGACACAUCGCGAUCAGCGCACCGGAAUUCCACCGGAGUUCCUGCGGCAGGAAUUCCCCGUCCAGUAUGGCACCAAAAAUCACAACGUCAGCCUGUUCUGGUUUGUGUACGGUUACCCGAAGCCAACAAUGACCUACUACUUCAACGAUCAGAAGAUCGAGGCCGGUGGUCGUUAUUGCUUCAGCUACACCCGAAACGGUCAGGCUACGCUGUUCAUCAACCGCAUGAGCGAGCGAGAUGUUGGUGUGUACGAAGCGGUAGCUAGCAACGAGUACGGCACCGUUCGACAGCGGGUCUGCCUAGAGCUGGGCGAGUUUCCCCGAUUCUUGCAACGUCCCGAGGAAGUUUUCAUCAUGGGACGACGCUCGGGCCGUGUGGAAGCGAAGAUCGCCGGGGUACCCUUCCCGGAUGUGAAGUGGUACAAAGACUGGCAACCCAUCACCGAGUCGUCCCGUGUUAAGAUGAUUUUCUACGAACCGGACACCUGGGUGCUGUUGAUUACGGAUGCCAUCAAGAAGGACGAAGGUUUGUAUUCGCUCAGCGCUCGCAAUGCCAUCGGAUCGAUCAGUUCUUCGGUGAUGGUGCAUGUAGAAGACAACGAGGAGGACUACGUGUACAACGCCCAUCAUAGAACUCCGUAUGUACGCGCAAGAAAUAAGGUCUAUCAGGACUUCUACGACAUCGGGGACGAAAUUGGAAGAGGCACGCAGGGUAUUACGUAUCACGCGGUGGAACGUCACAGCGGACGUAACUUUGCUGCGAAGAUCAUGUAUGGCAGCCCGGAUUUGAGACCGUUUAUGUUCAACGAGGUGGACAUCAUGAACAUUCUAAACCACAGGAAGCUGAUCCGUCUCCACGACGCAUACGACAUCAAUAAAUCCCUGUCGUUGAUUCUGGAACUCGCCUCGGGUGGUGAGCUGGCGCGCGAUAAUUUGCUGAAGCACGAUUACUACACCGAGCGGCAGAUUGCCAUCUAUGUGUACCAGAUUCUGUUGGGAUUGGAACACAUGCACACCAGAGGUAUCGGUCACAUGGGUCUUACCAUCAAGGAUCUACUGAUUGCUCACCCUGGCAGUGACAAUUUGAAGAUUUGCGACUUCGGUUUAUCGCGUCGCAUUGAAACCGACAAACUGUUCACGCUGGAUUAUGGAAUGCCAGAGUUCGUAGCUCCCGAAGUGAUCAAUCGUCGCGGCGUUGGUCUGGGUCAGGAUAUGUGGAGUGUUGGUAUCAUUACGUAUAUUCUGUUGGGUGGUGUUAGCCCCUUCAUGGGUCGCAAUGAUCGUGAGACGUUGACAAAGGUAAGAGACGGAAAAUGGACCUUCAUGGGAUCGGUAUGGGAGUUCAUCUCUGCCGAGGCACGUGACUUCAUCAGCAAGCUGUUGGUGUAUGAGGAUGAACGUCGCAUCACCAUUAAAGAAGCCCUUAACCAUUCGUGGUUCGAUAUCAUCUACAAACGAACAUUUGACGAGUAUCAGAUUGGCACCGAUCGGCUGCGUCGCUACUACUACCAUUACAGAGAUUGGUACACGAACGCUUCGUGCCGUACUUGGUACCGUCGCCGUCCAUUGAUGAGCUGCUUUGACCAUCCAUCCAAAAUGGUCUAUCCGCCUGGAAUCAUCUUCACUCCGGAGGGUACACCACCACCGGUUGCACUCGAGGAUAUCCCACACAAGCGCAGGAAGUGGGACGAAUAUGUGUCAAAGGACAUCCAUCCAGACUAUGAAACGGCGUCCUUCAAAUCGGAAAGCCACUAUCAGUACGGUCCGGAUACCUAUCUUCUUCAGCUUCGCGAUACCAACUUCCCGUGCCGCUUGCGUGAGUACAUGAAGAUCGCCAAGCACCGAUCGCCCAGUCUGCUCAGCGAGAGUAACUACGAUGCAAGUCUCCCAAUUAUUCGCGAACGUCGUCGCUUCACCGACAUUAUGGACGAGGAAAUCGACGAUGAACGCAGAAGCCGAAUUAGUCGCUAUGGUACUGACGAUAGCGUAACCAUCAGUCGCCGCUUGCGUACCGAGGUCGGAACUCGACUUGGUUCGUACGCCGAGGCCGAAGCCAUGAUCGAGGUCAAACGUGAGGGCCAUCCUCCGUUCUUCCGCGAGAAGCCACAAACGAUUGCGAUUCGCGAGGGUGAACCGAACCAGAUUAUCUGCUAUGCCGUUGGUGAUCCGAAACCAUCGGUCACCUGGUUCCGCAACGAUAUGGUCGUGACGGACACUGGUCGCAUCAAGGUGCUGGAUGACGUCGAUGGUCGCUCCGUGAUUCAGUUCCAUCCGGCAACACACAAUGAUUGCGGUGUUUAUAAGGCCGUUGCCAGCAACCGAAUCGCCAAGACGGUUGCCCGCUGCCGGGUGGUUAUCGCAAUCAUCCCUGAUGCUCCGGAUUGUCCGGAUGCGGUCGCCGUCAGUGACACUGAAGUGCUGUUGCGCUGGAAGCAGCCCAGAAAUGAUGGCAACUCACAGGUUAUCUGUUACAGCUUGGAGAAGAAGGAGCACGGAAAGGUCGAUUGGUUUGAUGUUGCAAGCAACAUCGAUCACGAGUUCUAUCUUGUGCACAGUCUAACCCCUAACACGGGUUAUCAGUUCCGAUUGGCUGCGUACAACCGAAUCGGAUGGAGCGAUCGUGGUAUUGCUACGAAGACAGUUAAUACACUAGAAGUAGGAGCACCUAAGAUCCAAAUCACAAGAGCCAUGAAGCAGUUGCAACAGUUGACUGAAUCAGGUCAACAGGUUGCCCCAGAAGAACGUUCAGGACGGUUGGACUACAGCUACGAGAAAUCGCCACUGAAGUGGUCCAUCGAGGGUAAUUACAAUGAAAAGUACAGCUUUAUGUCGGAGAUUUCCAGAGGUCGCCACUCGAUUGUGGUUAAAGGUUUGGAAAAAUCAACCGACAGAAUUGUGGUUGCCAAAAUCUUCGAGCUGGGUGACGAGCGUAUUGGCGAAGCCGCAGAGCAUGAGUUCGAGAUGCUACGCACGCUGAGACACGAACGUAUCGCUUGUCUACUGGCCGCCUUCAAACCCAAGAAUACUUCUAUCGCAGCCCUAGUCAUGGAGAAACUGCAAGGUGCCGAUGUGUUGACAUAUCUCAGCAGCCGAUCGGAAUAUACCGAGCAGAUCGUUGCGACCAUCAUCGGGCAAAUCCUCGAUGGUUUGCAGUAUCUGCACUGGCGUGGAAUUUGUCAUCUGGAUUUGCAGCCCGACAACGUCGUCAUGUCAUCCGUCCGGCAGGUGCAGAUCAAGCUGGUUGACUUCGGAUCGGCGCAAUGCGUGUCCAAACUGGGCAGUAACGUACCAAAUCAGGGCUGGUUGGAUUUCACAUCUCCAGAAGUGUUGAAUGGUGAAGCCGCCUAUCCACAAACCGACAUCUGGUCGGUUGGUUGUCUAGCGUAUCUGUUCCUGUCAGCCACCAGUCCAUUCCGUGGUGGAGAUGAGGCCGAAACCCGCGCCAACAUCAGCUUCGUACGGUACCGUUUCGAGUAUCUGUUCAAGGAAGUUACCCAGGAAGCGACUCGAUUCUUGAUGCAGAUCUUCAAACGAGCUCCAAUGAAACGUCCAGCGGCGGAAGAGUGCUUCGACCACAGGUGGCUCGUCCAUACCGACUUCAUGACCAAGAAGCGCGAGCGUGCAAUCUUCCCCGGAAGCCGACUGAAGGAAUUCUCCGAAUACUACCACUCGAUGAAAACGAACGAGGCCACCAAAUCGGAGACCAUCUCCAACCUUGGUGGUCAAUCAACCCGUCAGCUGCUCAGAUCCAACAGCAUCCAGGAAGAGCUGCUAACCACUUUUUAAGCCUUUUUAACCAACCAAUGCCACAAUCUCGUCUCUUAAUAACCUGCAACUUUUUUCUCUAUCUAUUUAUCUAUUUAUUUAUUUAUAGAGUGAAACUUCAAGCUACUAUUUGUUCUUCAUAACUUGUUUUGUACAUAAUCGAUCCUCUACUUAAACGUACUUAGCCUAGUAAUAGCACACCAAGCAAGAUUUAACGAUCGCUACGGAAAAUGUUUUAUAUUUAUAUACAUGUAUAUGUGAUAUCCGGGCCGGAAAACAUUUUAUAUGAACUUUUAACCGAAACUACUACCACAAACAUACGUUACACAUCCCUGAACAAACGGCCCGGACCCAUAUAUAUAUAUAUAUAUAUUGUUUCUCCAUAUAUUUUUUAAGGUUCGUAGCAGCGAAGAGUUAGGUAAAACUAUGAUGAGCAAACGCCACAAGAACUGUGUAAAUUUAACAUGCGCAUACGAUAAACAGAUUUUUUUUGGUUUUUGUUUUCUGAAAACUGUUUGAAUGUGAUGAAGCAAAUGGAAAAAAAUCAAUUCUGAUUUACAUGUUUAUCAACGAUGAGAGUAGUUUCAAACAACGUGCUUUGGAAGCUUUAAAUUUAGGAGAAAAAUAUUCUCACCCGUGUUUGUUAUAUUUUUCCCUGAUAUUUUAUUUUACAUAUAGUUGUGCCAAAAGGAA